AUGGUGCCUUCGGAGGGGCGUGCCAAGCUCUCCCAGCGUUGGAAGCCGGACCGCUCCGCCUUUACGGCUCUCCACCUGGAUGUCUGCAAGAUCUUCAAGAACCCCAACGCUGACUUGGUGGACAAGCAAGUUGCGCAGAGGAACGACAAGAAGCCUGCCCGGGAUGUCUCUGCUCUCUCGCUGGCAACUACGACGGCUGAUGCUUCGACCGAGGCGCCAGCCACGCCAGAUGCUUCGAUGACUCCUACCAGCAGUGCAGCAGAAGUCUCGGACACGAACUUCGUGGAGGUUCGACGGCAGUUGCUUGCGUACCGGAAUCAGGUUCCGAAGGAUGAUGUGCCCGAGUAUGUCGUGGAGGUGGCCCCCGUGCCGGUUCCUCUGCCACCAUCGAGAGACAUGGGCCUUCCAUUUCGUCAGCAAUCCGAGCCGAUUGUGCCGAGCAAGAGCUCGUCUUCCAUGAUGCGGCGCCAAAUGUCUGCGCAGGUCGAGAGGCCACCUCAGAAGAAAGCACCGCCCCUCGUUGUCUCUGCCAACGCCUGGCGUCCCGCAGCCAAGAAAUCACCAGAGGACGAUCUCAAGCGCCAGGUGCAAGGAUUGCUCAACAAGAUUUGCCCCGAGAAUGUCGCCUCCAUCAUCGAGAAGAUUGCGGCUAUCGAGGUCCAGGACAUCAAGCAGCUGGAGGCCAUUAUCGAGCUCAUGUUCAAGAAGGCAAUCACCGAGCCUCACUACUGCGAGACCUAUGCGGACAUGGUCUUCAGUCUCAAGGCUGUGUACCCAUCGUUUCCAUCACCGGAUGGCGGCAAGCCGAUCACGUUCAAGGGGCUGGUCCUCAAUAUCUGUCAAAAUGAGUUUGAGGAGCUGCUUGCGUCCAACGACAUUAGCGCAGAGCAGAAGGCCAAGCUUGAUGAAGAGGAGCUCGAGUACAUGCGCAAGAAGCGCAAGGACCGCAUGCGCGCCAACAUGAAGUUCAUCGGCCACCUGUUCCUGCGUCAGCUGCUGUCCGCCAAGGUGAUCGGAAGCGUCAUUUGCGAGCUGGUGCUCUGCGAGCAGGUGGAUGACCUCCCAGAGGAGCAUGCACUGGAGUGCGCGUGUGAGCUGCUGCUGGCCAUCGGCUAUACCAUGGAAAACAUGAUUGCCGGCCAGUCUGCACUCACGUCUGUGUGCGGCCGCUUGAAGGAGCUGAUGAAGCGAAAGCUUGAGAACGGCAAGGGCGCUUACUGCAAGCGUGUGCCUACGCGGAAAUGGUGCUCAGGGCAUUGCACUUCUGGGACGGUGCGGGCGUAG